AUGACGAGUAAUAGUUCCCCUAACCUAUCUGGGGAGCCGAUCAACAAGGAUGCUUCCAAUGAGUCAGAGAGCACACUUUUAGAGAAACCAAUUUUUGGAAAUUCCAGCAUUUCGCCCAAAGGAGGGGCAAAUGCAUAUGGACUCCCCACAGCUAUACCACUAAGCGGGUUCAAGACUCCAUAUCUCCCAUCCAGUAGGUGGGUAGAUAUGAAGAAAAUCAAUACAGAGUACGACCACGAAGUUUUUGGUAAGCGCGCCCCAGGAGAGAAGCUAGCUGAAGCUAGUAUCUAUGAGAUUGCACAUGGAAACGAGAAUUCCUAUCCUUCUUGGGGUCCUCCUGAGAAGGUUCCAAUUUCUAAAGAAGAAAUGGAAGCAAUUUUCUUGCAACUUACUGAAAUAUUUGGAUUUCAAUAUGAUAACACUAGAAACAUGUAUGAUCACUUUUUACGUCUCUUGGAUUCAAGAUCUUCUAGAGUAGGUCCAUCAUUAGCCCUCCGAUCUCUUCAUGCUGACUAUAUUGGGGGUAUUAAUUCGAAUUUCAAAAAAUGGUACUUCGCUGCUGAAUUAGAUUUGGAUGACUUUUCCGAACUUGAAAACUCUCAUGGAGAAAAGAAGGGGAAACGUCAAAAAAGCGAUGACCUCUACUUUUCCUUAGAACAGGCUGAAGUGAGAUGGUCGUGUAAUAUGAAUACAUUAUCGCCAGCAGACUAUGUCAUUCAGAUUUCACUUUACCUCUUGUGCUGGGGCGAAGCAAAUAAUAUUAGAUUCAUGCCAGAGUGCCUUUGCUUUAUUUUCAAGUGCUGUAAUGAUUAUUAUUACUCUUUAGACAUAAACACUCCAAUUAAGAAUGCCACCCCAAGCUUUCUAGACCAUGCUAUCACACCAUUGUAUAAUUUUAUCAGAGAUCAAUCUUAUCAGCUUGAAAAUGGAAAAUAUAUUCGAAGUGACAAGGACCAUAAAAAUAUAAUUGGUUAUGAUGAUAUUAAUCAGCUCUUUUGGUAUGCAAAAAGUUUAAGAAAAAUUGUUCUUAAAGAUAAGAAGACUAAAUUAAUGAACUUGAGCCCAGCUGAACGAUAUCUUCGUCUUAAUGAAGUCAACUGGAAGAAAGCAUUUUCGAAAACCUUUAAAGAAACUAGAACUUGGACACACGUGCUUGUCAACUUUAGUCGUAUUUGGAUUAUUCAUAUUUCAGCGUUCUGGUUGUACACUUUAUACAACUCUCCAACUUUGUAUACCAAGGAUUAUAAGCAAGAUUUGGACAACCAGCCAACAGUUCAGAUGAAACUUACAUUGAUGGCUCUAGUAGGGGGUAUUGCCACUUUAAUUUGCUUAUUGUGUACAAUUUUUGAAAUGUCGUUUGUUCCCAGAGACUGGCCGGGAGCGCAACCAGUACUUAAACGAUUAUUCUUUUUAUCAUUGAUGUUUAGCAUAUGUGUGGCACCAACAAUUUACUUAUUAAUUUCCUACAACAUUGACGAGCAGUCAACAUGGGGAGUUGUUUUAGCCUCAUUCCAACUUGCUGCAAGUAUUAUAAGUGUGGUGUAUUUGUCCAUCACUCCUUCUGCCCAGCUUUUUGCAAAAAGAGUCAAUAAGGACGAUAGAAGAUAUCUUUCAAAUAGAGAAUUCUGUUCUUCAUUCUAUUGUUUAAAUGGAACGGAUAAAGUUGCAUCACAUGGGAUAUGGAUUGUGAUAUUCUUCUCGAAAUUUGUUGAAUCAUAUUUUUUUUUAACACUCUCAUUAAGGGAUCCUGUAAGAGAGCUCAACAAUAUGAAAUUAACAAGAUGCGUUGGUGAUGUAUGGCUAGGUUCUUGGCUAUGUUCAAGACAAACAACAAUUGUAUUGAUAUUGAUAUACUUCACUGACUUGGUGCUAUUUUUCCUCGAUACAUAUUUAUGGUAUAUUGUGUGGAAUACUGUAUUCUCAGUCUGUAGGUCUUUCUACAUUGGGGUAUCUAUUUGGACCCCAUGGAAGAACAUCUACUCCCGGUUGCCAAAGAGGAUUCAUUCAAAAAUCAUAUCAAACAGGGGUAAUAAAAACGUGAAUAUGAAGUUUCUUGUGUCUGAAGUAUGGAAUUCCAUCAUUAUUUCAAUGUACAGAGAGCAUCUACUCUCAAUCGAACAUAUCCAUAAACUUAUCUAUCAGCAGAUUCCUACUGCCAAUUCAGAGUCCGGAUAUAUUCUAAAAGAGCCAAUAUUCUUCGUUUCUCAGGAAGACCAAUCUUUAAAGUCGUCAUUGUUUUUGAAUCAAUCGGAAGCCCAAAGAAGAAUUACCUUCUUUGCCCAAUCAUUAUCGACACCAAUGCCAGAAGUAGGGUCGACCAAUUCUAUGCCAUCUUUUACCGUAUUAGUUCCUCACUAUGGGGAGAAAAUCACUCUCACUCUUAAGGAAAUUAUAAAGGAAGAAGACCAAUACUCCUAUAUUACUAUGUUGGAAUAUUUGAAGCAGUUACAUCCGAUUGAGUGGGACUGCUUCGUCAAGGAUACAAAGAUGCUUGCAGAGGAAUUUGAAUCCGAGAAUACUUCAAUUGACCUCUUUGAUACUAAAAAGUUGGAAGACCUUUCUUAUUAUUCAGUGGGAUUUAAAGUUGCCACUCCAGAGUACAUACUCCGAACAAGAAUUUGGGCCUCAUUAAGAUCACAAACUUUAUAUCGUACAAUUUCAGGAUUCAUGAACUAUUCCCGUGCCAUAAAACUUCUAUACGAUGUUGAGAAUUCUACUUCUCAAACGUAUGAGGAUGAAUAUAUUAAGUUGGAAGAAGCUGCUAUUAUUUCUCUUAGAAAGUUUAGAAUCAUUGCAUCCAUGCAACGUCUAAAGCACUUCAAUGAAGAGGAAAAGGAAAGUACCGAAUUUUUAUUGCGAGCCUAUCCAGAAUUACAGAUUGCAUACCUAGAUGAGGAAUUAGAUCCCGAAACUGGAGACAUAAUCUACUAUUCUUCGUUAAUAGAUGGAAGCAGUGCUAUAUUGGAAAAUGGUGAUCGAAAACCUAAAUACAGAAUAAGGUUAUCCGGAAAUCCGAUUUUAGGUGACGGAAAGUCAGAUAAUCAAAACCAUGCCUUAAUUUUCUGUAGAGGUGAGUAUAUCCAACUUGUUGAUGCAAAUCAAGAUAACUACCUUGAAGAAUGUCUUAAGAUUAGAAGCGUGCUUGCAGAAUUUGAAGAAACUACCAUUCCAAGCGAUCCAUACUCAAUUGAGUUAAGGAAUACACUCCAUGAAAACCCCGUUGCAAUUAUAGGUACUAGGGAGUAUAUCUUCUCUGAAAAUAUCGGAAUCUUAGGUGAUGUAGCAGCUGGAAAGGAGCAAACUUUUGGUACCUUAUUCGCAAGGACUCUUGCUCAUAUCGGAGGGAAGUUACAUUAUGGGCACCCUGACUUCUUGAAUAGUGUAUUCAUGGCUACUCGUGGAGGUGUUUCAAAAGCGCAAAAGGGACUUCAUUUGAAUGAAGACAUCUAUGCUGGGAUGAAUGCAAUAAUGAGAGGUGGCCGUAUCAAGCACUGCGAAUACAUGCAAUGUGGAAAGGGGCGUGAUUUGGGAUUUGGUUCCAUUUUGAAUUUUACCACCAAGAUUGGAGCUGGGAUGGGUGAGCAAAUGUUGUCCCGAGAAUAUUUUUAUUUAGGCACCCAACUUCCUCUAGAUAGAUUCUUAUCAUUUUAUUAUGCCCAUCCUGGUUUCCAUUUGAAUAACGUCUUCAUCAUCUUAUCGAUUAAGCUAUUCCUUUUCGUGUGUGUUAACCUUACUGCUCUUACAAAUGAAUCAACUAUAUGCGAAUAUGAUAGGCAUAGACCAAUCACCGAUCCAAGGAAGCCACUUGGAUGCUACAACUUAAUGCCUGUAGUCGAAUGGUUGAAGAGAUGUAUUUACUCGAUUUUUAUUGUGUUCGCGAUUUCGUUUGUCCCAUUGUGCGUACAAGAGUUGACAGAAAGAGGCUUUUACAAGGCUCUCACCAGAUUAGGAAAGCAUUUUGCAUCAUUUUCACCAUUAUUUGAAGUUUUCGUAUGUCGUAUCUAUGCCCAAUCUUUAUCAAGUGAUAUAAACAUCGGUGGAGCAAGAUAUAUCGGUACUGGGAGGGGUUUUGCAACCGUUAGAAUGCCAUUUUCAACCUUGUAUUCUAGAUUUGCGUCUGAAAGUUUGUACUUUGGUGCAUUUUCUUGCUUAUUGGUUCUAUACGCUUCUAUUACUAUGUGGGUGCCUGUGUUGUUAUACUUUUGGGUCACUAUUAUCGGAUUAUUAAUUUGCCCAUGUUUAUACAAUCCAAAUCAAUUCUCAUGGUGCGAUUUUUUCCUUGACUACACAGAAUAUAUCCAGUGGUUGUACAGAGGAAAUACAAAGACUAGAAAGACAUCAUGGAUUGGCUACACAAGAAUCUCUAGAAGUAAAUUGAUUGGAGUAAAGAAUCAAAAAAGUCGGGGUAAAGAAGAAGUUAGGAUCAUCAAUGACGUGAAACCUUCGAAAACAUCUUUGAUUUUUAAUCAAAUGACUUUCGAAUUAUUCGGGGUUGCAACAGUUGGAUGUGCGUAUAUGUUUGCAAAUUCUCAAAAUGAUUCCCGGGCUACGUAUCCUGGCUUUGCUUUACUUCGUAUUCUUAUUAUUUCUGUCUGUCCAAUUGUUAUCAAUAUGGUAGUAUUACUUGUAUUUUUCUUGAUAUCUUGCAUUCUUGGACCAUUGGGGUCUUUGAUUUCGAGUAAAUUCCCAUCUGUUUUGGCUGCAAUUGUACACCUUAUCUCGGUAUUGAAUUAUGUAUUCUUUUUUGAAGUAUUAUGGUACUUUCAAAAUUGGGAUUUCUCAAGAACUAUCAUUGGCGUUGCUCUUGUUAUUGCGAUUCAAAGCUGGAUACUUAAAUUGCUUACAAUUGUAUUCGUCACCAGGGAAUUUGGACAUGAUCGAUCUAACCGAGCAUGGUGGUCCGGGAAGUGGAUAACAUCUGGAUUAGGCUGGUACGUUUUGACACAACCACUUCGUGAAUAUUUUUGCAAAAUAUCCGAGGUAAGCUAUUAUGUUGGAGAUGUACUACUUGGUCAUUUAAUCCUUUUUUCACAAAUACCAAUUAUUGUUGUUCCUUAUAUUGAUACAUGGCAUUCAUUAAUGCUCUUUUGGCUCAAACCUGUUCAUCAAAUCCGUCCACGCGUCUUUUCUAAAAGCCAGAGGAGAAAGCUAAAUACAAAAGUUACAUUCUCUGUCAUUCUUUUCAUUCUAUCCUUAUGCAUUUUCUUAUCUAUAUUUUUGAUUCCAACAAUUGCAAUCAAAAAUUUUGAUUUUGAUGUUGACGAAUUUGUUCCAGAAUUAAUUCAAGAAUUAAUUCAACCUUUUACUAUUGUGAGCAGUCGAAAAGGAUUACAAGGUAGUUCGAAGGCUCCACACUAA